ACGGGAAGAGCCGAAAUGGAGGAGAGCCAAAGAUCGGAAAGCGUCGCCGUGGUACCGAACAUGUCCGAACCCUUGGCGAACGAGACCGAGGAAGGCCGCGGUGUGAGCGGACUGGCGCCCGAGCACGAGGCCCAUCCGGUCGCCGUGACGGCGAGCGUCUCGGCGGUGUCGGGCGUCGCGGGCGUCCAGGGCGUCCCGGUCCCGGUCUCCUUGCCCGUCGGCUCCAUCAUCGGCGUGGCCAACUCGACCAGCGGCACCACGUUCAACGUCAUUACCUCGGACCAGCUCCAGUUACCCAGUUCCGGUCAGUUCAAACAGAUGCUGUGCGUGGACAAUGGAUUCAUCUGUGAACCUCGCCACGACAAGGACGCGGAUCCCUUGAGGUGGAACGGGGAAUUAAAAGCCACCCAUAUUGUGAUACAGAAUAGCACCGACGAACCCGAAUCCGAACAGAUCCAUGUUUCCACGGGAAAUUCGCAACCCGUAUGCAGCUGGUCCGAGUCGGCCAGUAUGGCCGUUCUACCGGUCAGAUGCAAAAAUACCAAUGCCGAACUCCACAAGAGUCGGUUCGGUUCGGGUGGUCGUGGACGUUGUAUCAAGCUCGGUCAAGAUUGGUACACACCUAGCGAGUUCGAAGCACUUUGCGGCAGAGCAUCGAGCAAAGAUUGGAAAAGGAGCAUUCGAUUUGGCGGCCGAAGUCUCCAGACCCUUAUAGAUGAACAAAUUUUGAAGCCACACGCUACUUCGUGCACUUGCGCAGCCUGCUGCGACGACGACAGCGCGACCGGACCGGUUCGGUUGUUCACUCCCUAUAAACGUCGAAGGAGAGCCAGGGAAACGUCCGAUGGAGAAACGCCCACGAGAAAGCACAAGAGCGAUAACUCGAGGGACGGCAGCAACAACGACGACAGCGAGAACGAGGUAGUGGUUCCCGAUAAGGAAGUCUGGCCAGAAUUCGUCUCUGCUGAUGGCUUAGUUGUGCAACAAUCGCAGGAGCAAGACUCGGUCAUUCCAAGCGUGCAGACAGAGAGUGGACAAAACGAAGAAAUCUUCAAGAAGCUCGAUGAAAUGUCCAAUAAGAUGUUGAAGCUGGCCUACGAAUUCAGGAGGACCCUGGAGGAGGCCAAAGAGUUGAGUAGGCAGCAGAGAAGGGAACAAGCUCUCGCCGCCCAGCUCGGCGCCAGGGGCGACGUCAUCGAGACCGUGGGACUCCAGCCGUCUUCCGAUACGCACAAUAAAAAGUGCGCCAAUUGCAACCGAGAGGCGUUUGCGGAGUGCUCCCUUUGCAGGCGCACUCCUUACUGCUCCACCUUCUGCCAACGAAAGGACUGGGCUGGUCACCAGGUGGAGUGCGUUCGGGGUGCAGCGGAGACGGUUAUGCUGAUCGUUGAGAGCAGCAGCGGGGAGGCGAGUGCUCUGGCCACGGCACAGGCUGAUCAGUAGCCGGAAUAGCCGGUUCUCUUCGAUCUAGCUGCAACGAGGGAGCCCGAGUUGGCCAGAAAUUGCGACAGUCCGAACGACGUAUCGUGUACAUAGCUCUGUAAAUAUUUUCUACGAGAAUCGAAGUUGUCGAUCGGGGUGACGUUCCCCAUCAUGAAACGUUAAAGGUUGCAAGACAACUUGGUAAAGUGGGCUCGGUAAUCGGCGUACGUUACGCGCGCGAGCUCUUGUAAAUAUUUAUACGUACACCCCCUACGGUUCGGCUCUAAUUUUUGCUGUCUCGUUGGUCGGGCGAAUGCAGUGCGCUUUCGGUCGACGUUUUUAGAUUUUUUUUUUUUAACGCGAUGACUUAUACCGAAUGAUUUUUAGAUAUGUUCAGAAUCAAGUAAUUCGCCGGAGAGACGUGGGUUUUCUACCGAAAGAUUUUUCUUUAAUCCGCAAGUAACCGUAAGUUCGAGUGACUACUUAAAGUCGGACUUUUAGGAGAAGUCACCGCUCGCGGUGGGUAAGGUUUGUGAAACGACCAAAGCAGUUCGUCCGGAGGAAAGUGUACCUACGAUAUCGCGUUAAGUAUUCUAAUUAAUUCGUAACAUUUCGGUGUUACCUUAAUCCGGGAGAUGCGUGGACCCGCGCUUUUAAGCAUAAAGUGUCGCGGUAUAAAAGUUUUUAUACGGGGAUGAGCAAACCCUAUCUCACGUUCGACUGGUCGCGUUGGAUAUCUUCGGCAUAUAAACAUACUAGAAUAAAUCGAGACACAUUGCAAAACAGUAUUUUAUCAGAAAAACAGAUGUUUGUAAAAGGACACAUCGCAUCUUUUUUAUACCGUUUCGGUGUACUAUUUUAGUAAGCACCCGAAAGCCCAAUCGGUAACGCUUUCGCUCGUGCGAAAAAAAAUUCCUCGCACUUUGAAUAAAAGUGAAUCGUGUACAGAGAA